AUGACAGCAUCGUCAAAAGAGUGGCCACAGGCGCCCAGUGUGGAAAUGCCUCAGAAGGAUUCAAGAAAAUCCAAAGAUUUCCAGGAGACCUGGAAAAUUCAGAAAUUAAUUCAGACCCCAGAGCGGACCUGGGGUUUGACCACGCCUGCGCAAGAGGCGUGCCACUCCCGCGCGCCGCCGGGACUCAAGCAGUCCGCUCCCAGCUCUUUGAGAGACCAGACGCUUCCGCGGAGCUGCCGGGAUCCCUGUGGACCGAGAAGACCAUCGCCCCCACCCCUGAACCGUAUGGCCCACUCCACCCGUCCUUCCCUGUCGCGGGUGUCGCGGAUGCUGCUGUCGGCGCUGCUGCUGCUGCCGUUCUACUGCGCGCCUGGAAGAGCGAGUGCCAUCGUCGCCGUGCAGGUGCUCCCCAAUGCGACUGGCUUCUUGGGCGAGUCUGUAAACUUGUACUGUAGUCUGGCUUCUGAGAAUGAUACGAAAAUCUCCCAGAUAACGUGGAUGAGGAAGAUGCCAGAUGGAAAUAGCCGUCCCGUCGCCGUCUUCAGCCCCACGAAGGGGCCCAGCAUCCCUGAGUCAGAGAGGGUGAGAUUCUUGUCUGCCAAGCUGCAAGAGGACCUGAGAAACGGGUCUCUGUCCAUCUCGCACUUGCGUGCUGAAGAUGAAGGCAGUUAUGAGUGCCACUUUACCACGUUCCCCACAGGAAGCAAAGGUGAUGCUGUCCGGCUACAGGUGCUUGGUAAGUGUUGGGGUGAGGAGAAGGAACCCCCGGGGCCCGGAGGAGCAUGGAACUGCCUGUGGACAAGCCUGGUAAUGGUUCUUGCAGCCCGACCUAAGAACACCGCAGAGGUCCUGAAUCCCAACUCCACCUCAAGGCUGCAGGACGUGGCUAAAUGCGUCUCCAGCGGUGGUCGCCCUCCGGCACGGAUCACUUGGUCCUCGCCUGUGAACGGAACCAUCCGUGAAAUUCAGAAAGAAGGGCCCGAGCCGGGCACCACAACAGUCAUCAGCUCCAUCGCCAUGGAACCCACGAGCCAGGAAGAGAGCAUGAACAUCAUCUGCAGGGUGGAGCAUCAAAGCCUCCAGGAGCCUGACAUGCUGAAUAUGACCCUCACCCUAAACUACGCACCCAAGGUGUCCAUUUCUGGCUAUGACAACUUGCACAUUGGCCUCACUGACGUGGUCCUGACCUGUGAAGGUCGCAGCAAACCAGAGCCCAUCAGCUAUGAGUGGAGCACGACCACAGGUCCCCUGCCCACCUCCGCUGAGCCCCAGGGCAACCGGCUCCGAAUCGCCACCUUGGAUGGUCUCAAUAACACCAUCAUUGUGUGCAACGUCACCAACGCCCUAGGGUCCAGGCAGGCCCAAGUGACCAUCCUACUUAAAGGUAAGCGCUGUCCUCAGAAAAGGAGGGGGGAGAGUAUACAGGGUGGCCCGCAGGGAUGGAAUAUGUCUGAGGAUGGUGGCAAAUCAGAGGUCACAGACUUUACCAGCCCAGAGAACCACGAGAUGCCCAAAGAAUCAAGCUUAGGCGCACGGUUUAUUGGCAUCAUCAUUGGCACCAUCGGCAUCAUCAGCAUCAUCGUCCUCAUUAUAAUAGUGUUCUGGAGACGACGAAGAUGCAAUUGGGGUCAUUUUUCGGAGCGGUCCAGGCCCAAAGAGGAAGAUAAAUCCUGCUCUGUACCUCUGAACGGCAGCCUUACCCAGAACAUGGGGACAGACAGUAUGAGUGACAGUGCCGCGGAAGACAGAACCAAGGAGCCCGAGUCCCCAGCAACUGGAACCCCAACUCCAAUAGAUGAAGAAACCUCUAAAUAG